GAAAGAAUUAAGAGAAUACAACAAAUCAGAAUGGAAAAAGAACUUCGAGCCCAGCAAAUUCUAGAGGAAAGAAUUAAGAGAAUACAACAAAUGAGAAUGGAAAAAGGUCUUCGAGCCCAGCAAAUUCUGGAGGCUAAGAGGAUAAAGAAGGAAGAAGCUGCAAAAGCCAAGUUAUUGGAGGCUGAGAAACGAGAACAGGAAAAAGAACGGUCGAAGCAAGAAAAACGUGAUGAGAAACGAUUAAAGAAAGAGCUUAAACUAGAGCAACGAAGAUUAGAAUUAGAAAUUGCAAAAGAACUAAAGAAGCCUAAUGAAGACAUGUGCUUAGCAGACCAAAAGCCUUUGCCAGAGUUGCCUCGUAUUCCAGGACUUGUCCUCUCUGGAAGUACAUUUUCAAACUGUCUCAUUGUGGUGCAGUUCUUACGAGUCUUCGGUAAAGCUUUAGGCUUUAAUGGGAAUACUGAUGUUCCAGACCUGAGUAUUCUUCAAGAGGGAUUGCUGAAUCUAGGGGACAGCAUGGCUGAGGUACAAGACCUGCUUGUGAGGCUCCUGUCAGCUGCUGUGUGUGAUCCAGGUCUAAUUACAGGAUACAAGGCCGAAACAGCUCUUGGAGAACAUUUGCUGAAUGUUGGUAUGAAUCGAGACAAUGUUUCCGAGAUCUUGCAGAUCUUUAUGGAGGCCCGUUGUGGACAGACUGAGCUCACCGAAAGCCUGAGGACCAAGGCUUUCCAGGCCCACACUCCGGCCCAGAAAGCCUCGGCGCUGGCCUUCCUGAUCAGUGAGCUGGCGUGCAGCAGGAGGGUGGUGAGUGAAAUUGACAGGAACACUGAUUAUAUGUCAAACUUGAGGAGAGAUAAAUGGAUGGUAGAAGGUAAACUCCGCAAGCUCCGAAUCAUUUAUGCUAAGAAAGCAGGCAAGAGAGACACUUCAGGUGGCAUCGAUCUUGGAGAAGAGCAGCACGCGUCGGCCACCCCCACAGCAGGAUGCAAGCGAAGAAGGAAGGGCGGCGACAGUGACGCUGAUGGCAACGAGGAGGAGGAGGAGGAGGAAGACAAGGAAGACAGAAAAGGAAAGAAAACCGAUGUCUGUGAAGAUGAGGAUGAAGGUGACCAAGCAGCAAGUGUUGAAGAGCUAGAAAGACAGAUUGAAAAGCUGAGUAAACAACAGAGUCAGUACAGAAGGGAGCUCUUCGAUGCGUCUCACUCUUUACGUUCAGUGAUGUUUGGCCAGGAUCGUUACAGACGUCGGUAUUGGAUUUUUCCCCAGUGUGGGGGGAUUUUUGUAGAAGGCAUGGAGAGCGCUGCAGGGCUGAAAGAAAUGGCAAAAGAAAGAAAAAAACGAAAAAAAGCAGAAAGCAUCCAGACCAAAGAAAUAUUUGAUACUUCUGACGACACUUUAAAUUGUUCAAAUCCGGAUCAUUGUGAGCAAAAGGAAGAUCCUAACGAAAAAGAUAACAGAAAUCUAAUUCUUCAGAAUCCUGGCUCUUUUUCCAAACUAAGCAAGCUUUUAGAAGUAGCUAAGGUGCCUCCUGAGUCAGAUGUAACGACCCCCAAACCAAAGAGCGGUGCAGAUGGGUGCGCACUGCCUCACCAGAACCGUGGGAGACACUCACCGGGCAGCAUGCAGCCAACGGUGACACAGAACGGCGUGGAAGAGACAGACUCGAAUCUGGUCAGUACCGGUUCAGGUGGUGCAGGCAAGGUCUACAGUCCUCUCCCCAGGGACCAGUUGUUACUGCCAAGAACACCUUGGGAGGACACUUCCCUUACCCAAGCCGAUGCGCCAGCUGCUUCUUCACCAACUCCUCGGGCCCAGCCGCCCUCUAAGUCACCUGCAGCUCUUGAAGUAGCCAAACCAGUAGAUUAUCCUAGUCCAAAGCCUAUUCCAGAAGAAAUGCAGUUUGGCUGGUGGAGCAUUACUGACCCAGAGGAUUUAAAAGCUUUGCUCAAAGUGCUACAUCCCAGAGGCAUAAGAGAAAAGGCAUUACAAAAACAAAUUCAGAAACACCUGGAUUACAUCACUCAAGCCUGCAUCGAGAAUAAGGAUGGUGGGCACCUAAAAGAGAUUUAUUUCUGCUCUCUUGCUUAGUUAUGAGAAUUAAUUCUUUCAUCUUAAAGCAUAUUUUAGUAUGUCUUAAUCUUAAUUUAUUACUAAUAGGCUUUUUCUUUCCUAUCUUGCCCAAAAACAAUUUACAUUUUCUUAAAUUGGUACUACUUUUGAUAGUUUGUUACAACCUGCAGACAUACUGUUCUGUUUCUAAAGAAGAGUACUUACUGCUCCUUUUGCAAGAGUCAGCUGCCUUGCUUAUUCACAAGUGAAUUUGUGUGUGUUAAAUGUACUUGUAC